AUGCGCGCGACUACUACUUCGGUGGCCCUGGGGCUGCUCGCUGCCGCGGCGAAUGCGGCGCCAUUCAAGACCUCAACUGUUAAGAGACAGGAUGCUGGAAAGAUCGUCGCCGCGCACUUCAUGAUUGGUAUCAUGCAGGUCCGCGAAAGCGCUGCCGACUACGACGAGGACAUGAAGAAGGCUAAGGCCGCUGGCAUCGACGCUUUUGCUCUGAACAUCGCCAAAGAUGACUACACUGACGCCCAACUCGGCUACGCCUACGAGAGCGCUGCAAACAACGACAUGAAGGUCUUCAUCUCCUUCGACUACAACUACUUCGAGACGGGCGAGAACGAUGCCGUCGGUGCAAAGCUCAAGGAGUACUGCUCGAAGCCUGGCCAGCUCCAGGUCGACGGCAAGUGCUUCGCUUCGAGCUUCAACGGCGAUACAGAUGCUACCAAGCUCUUCAAUGCGAAGACGAUCCGCGCGGCUGCCGGCACCGACCUGUAUCUUGUACCUAACCUCUCGCCUACGGGUAUCAGGGAUGCUACUGCCGUCGACGACAUCGACGGCUCCUUCAACUGGAUCGGCUGGGACUCUAACGGUGCAAACCGCGCUCCCACGGCCGAUGCCAACGUCACCACCUCCGACUUCGACUCCAAGUACACGGAGUGGCUCGGUGGAAAGACAUACAUGGCGCCCGUAUCCCCGUGGUUCUUCACCAACUUUGCGUCGAAGGCGUGGGUCUUUCCUGGUGACCUCCUCUGGUUCAGGCGUUGGAAUGAGAUCCUCGCGCUUGCGCCCCAGAUGAUUGAGAUCAUUACCUGGAACGAUUAUGGUGAGAGCCACUACAUUGGGUCUGAUGCGGAGACCAGCAAGCACAAUGAUGAUGGCUCAAGUGCUUGGGCCAACGGCUUCCCGCACGACGGCUGGCUCGAGAUGGCUCAGCCGUACAUCGCUGCGUACAAGGCUGGGUCAAAGGAGGUCAGCGUCACAGAAGACAAGCUUGUGUACUGGUACCGCCCCAGCCCCAAGGCCGCUUGCGGUGCAUUCGACGGCAUCGAUACGCUCCAAGACUCCGUCUUCGUCGUUGCUCUUCUCGCAAGCGCAGGCAAAGUGACCGUCACCUCCGGCGGAAACACGCAGACCUUCGACGCCCCCGCUGGUGCCUCCGCCUACCAGGUCGACAUGGGCACCGGCAAGCAGACCUUCGCCCUUGCCCGUGACGGCGCCGAUGUCUUCAGCGGCACCGGCACCCUUGAGAUCUCCGACAACUGCAGCCCAGUCAACCUCAACGCCUUUGUUGGCGUCGCUAAGGGCGAUGGCUCGUCAGUACCCGCCCCCGCUGCUUCGGCUGAGCCCGUCAGUUCCUCUGCUGACGCUCCCCAGGCUACGCAAGUAAAUGCCUCCUCCUCCGCCGCCCCAGUCAAUGCCACAGAAAUCCCAGUACCCUCCAACGCGAAUUCCGUCACCCCCAUCGUACUCCCCACAUCUGCCCCCAUGCAGAAUGCCACGUCGGCUGUCGAAUCUCCUGUCGUCUCCGCAUCUCCUUCCCCAGCUCCUGUCACGAGCUACGAGGCUGCCCCGAUCGUCACUGCUACUCCUACCUCCGCGCAAGCCCCCGGCUCUAACGCUUGCACGGCCACCGUCACUGCGUCUGAGCAAAUCCGACCGACCAACUGCUUGAGCGCUGGACAGGCGUGGGGUGGUGAUGGAGAUACUCCCAGUCGCUGUGAUGGAGCACCUGCCUGCAGCUAA